AUGAACAGGGGCGGCAGAGCAGCAUCAAUAAUCAAUUCUCGGACCAACUCUUUUCAGAUAAGAACCUCUCUCUUCCAUUCCACCCCAGUCGUAGAACGAAGAAGACGAACCAAUUGGGAUUAUAGAGGCACUUUUCAGGGUUCAUCAAAGAGAUUUAACCGGUAUUCCGAAUGGCAGAGGAAACAGAUGCUGCAUGAUAUCAGUGAUUUUGCGGAGCACCUAUUUCGAGGGUGGCAGUCCAACACUGACGAGUACCACUACCAUCAAUCUUCAAGCCAAGGCAAUUCAUGGUUCAGACCACAUUUUGGGGAUGACGGAUACAGAAGGGGCAAGUCAGGAAAUAGAAGAUCUGGGACAUGGAGAAAUUUUGAUUUCUGUGAAGAUAAUGAUAGGGAAUAUGAGACUAUUUUUCGUUCGGCAUUCUGUGGAAAUCCGUACUUUGGUUGGUCCUUCCUAACUGAUGAUGACCCAAGAUAUUGGAAGAAAUCAUCAGGUUACUCUAAUAAAUAUAGGACUUCAAAUAGUUGGAGAUAUCAACAUGAGGAGGAAUAUGAUUCAGAAUAUGACGAGGACUUCGAUUCAAAUUCCUCGUCAGAGUUUGAGAAGUCAGAGGUUGAUAUGAUGUCUCAGAGACUGGCCUUGGGGUUGAGUGCAUCAGGCCCUUUAAAUCUCGAAGAUGUAAAAAAUGCAUAUCGAGCAUGUGCAUUAAAAUGGCAUCCAGAUCGCCACCAGGGUUCUUCCAAGGUUGUUGCUGAAGAGAAAUUUAAGGUUUGCAGUGCAGCAUAUCAAUCUUUAUGCGACAAGUUGGCUCUAAGUUAG